AUGCGGCUGGAGGACGGAUCGACGCAUCAUCUCGUUUAUGGAAAAGUGCACGAUCAGCUUGGACGGCACGUACCCCAUGUGGUGGUGGAGAUUCAUGCCAUGAUGGACGACAACGGAGGCCCCCGUGGUGUCCAAGUCAGUACCGACAGCGAAGGAUGGUUCCAACAAUUGCUUCCUCGCGAUGCAACGUCCAUUCGACUCUUGGUGGAAGAACAGUCCAAUGAAUGUCAUCUACAUACCUCAAGGAAUGAAGGAGCUUCCGCAUGGGACUGCUCCGUUCGCAUCCAUGUCAAGAGCACCAAACGCCGUAUCGUCUUCUUGUGCAUUACGGUAUCCCAGCCCUGCUUGUAUUCCUCUUUGUGCGUCGAAUACGUGGACUUUACCACAAACCCACCAAGACUCGACCCCCUACUCCACCUCCACGCCUCCACAUCAUGA